AUGAUUUUGAUCGAAAAACGGAAGUUAAUCAAUAUUUUGGAGUUGCGCAAGGAGAAGUCACGUGAUGCUGCCCGAUCGAGACGUGGGAAGGAGAAUUAUGAGUUUUAUGAACUGGCAAAGAUGCUUCCACUUCCCGCCGCAAUAACAAGUCAGUUGGAUAAAGCAUCAAUCAUUCGACUCACAAUCAGUUACUUGAAGCUUCGAGACUUCACACAACAUGGCGAUCCGCCUUGGAAUCGUGAAAGCAGUCACACGAAUAAAAUCCUUAAAAGCAUUUCUGCAAACUCAGCUCGAAGAACGCCAGCAAGUUUAGCUUUGGAGUUGUUCGAACAACAUCAGGGAACUCACAUUCUACAGUCACUUGACGGCUUUGCUCUUGCUUUAGCAGCUGACGGAAGAUUCCUUUACAUUUCUGAAACAGUUUCCAUUUAUUUGGGAUUAUCGCAAGUUGAAAUGGCAGGCAGCAGUAUAUUUGAUUAUGUCCAUCAAGGCGAUCAUGCUGAGGUUGCUGAACAAUUGGGGUUGAGUCUAACGGGACAUUCCCAAGGAAUGGCGUCACCAUCAUCGUCGGACGAUGGCACAACACAUGGAACAAUGAAUCCAGAUGUGUCAUCAUCGAUGUCAAUCCAAUCAAAUAACAAAUACAAAGGCUUUGAGCGUGCUUUUUGCAUUCGAAUGAAGUCAACAUUGACAAAACGCGGAUGUCAAUUUAAGCAGUCAACAGGACAUCGAGUAAGUGAAAGCAAAAUUAAAUUAAUAAAAGAAUUUUUUCACCUUCGUUGUUCAUCAUUAAAAGUUGUCCUCAUGCUUUGUCGUCUUCGACCUCAAUACUCAUUUAACCAAAAUAAAAAAUCUCAACCGCCAUUACUUGGAAUGGUUGGCAUCGCAAUUGCUCUUCCACCACCAUCAGUUCAUGAGAUUCGAUUGGAAUGUGAUAUGUUUGUAACGAGAAUCAACUUUGAUUUUAGAAUAGCGCACUGUGAACCGAAGAUAACAGAAGUUCUCGGUUAUUCAACAGACGAAUUAGUUGGUGAAAGUUUAUACACACUUUGUCAUGGUCAAGUUUUAACACAUUAUUAUCGGAUUAUGAACAAGAAUGGUGGCUACACAUGGAUACAAACUUGUGCAACGAUUGUAUGCAACGCAAAAAACAACGAUGAACAACAUAUAAUUUGUGUAAAUUAUGCUAUAAGUGCAAGAGAAAACACAAACAUUGUUAUGGAUCAAUGUCAGUUGGAGAUUAUUAAGAGGGAAGUUCGAGAGUCAGUGCCGAUAGAAAAGGAAAUGAAAUCGCCGAUUCAUGAGACGAAGGAGGAAUCAAAUGAAACAGCGAAGAAUUUUGUAAAAAUUGAAUCUCCGAUUGCUGAUACUUCCAAGAUACCUCCAGGUGUAUCGAAGAAGCCAUCACCAGAAAUAAAGCCUGAAGAACCAGUGGCAAGAGGUCGAAAGCGAAAGAACAAAGCAGAUUCGAAUGAAACUAAAAAGCAACCACUUCCACCUGCAACCUCAAUUUUAAAUGAGAAUUCUUGUAAAGAGAUUGACGUCAAAGACAGGUCAGAAAGUUCAGUUAAAGAUCUUGAGAAUGCAAUGUCCAAGCAUCUUCCAUCGCCAUCAUCGAAUCAUGCGACUGACUUUAGCACUGAUUCGCUAUUAAAACAUCAAGACAAAGAAUCAACUUGGAAUGCCAGCAGCGCAUCAAACUACGGAGAUCAACAAUCUCCAGUCAUGCCAGCGACCUCAUUGUUAAGACAACUUUAUGCUAAUCGUGAAAGUGUUAUCAGAGCGGCAAGGCCAAGCUACGUUUAUCCUGAUGGAGCACUUCCCACACCUCCUGGUGAAUAUCCAAACGAAACUUAUCCAACAAAUUAUGCAACUUCUUAUGGUGCAAAUCCUGUUGAAUACAAUAACAAUACAAUGACACCACCAAGCUCUGUAUCGCCACGUGAUUUGAGUAACUUAAGUAGCAAAGCAGCAGCGGCAAGUUAUGAAUAUAAUCAUUACCCACCACCCAAUGAAUCAACCGUACUGCAACUUCCACUUAAACCUCAGCCAUACUCCAUUCAUCCAAAUUAUCCCGAAGGUCAUUCGCAAUAUUUCACUCAUCAUCCUGGCUUUUGGUAUCCAACUCCAACGUAA